UCUGGGAGCAUGAGGGCCUCUUACCAGCCGCGCAGGGCAUCUUCCCGCCGCCUGGAGAGUCCCUUUUCGUGGGGCUUCCUGGGGGUCCUUCUGCUGGCCCUAGAGCUCCUGCUCCCCAUGUGCUCAGCAACAGAUGGCUGUGGUGACCCACCAAAAUUCCAAACUAUGAAACCCAAGAUUAGUUCUGGAACCAUUAUUUCUCCUGGGUUCCCACUACAAUAUGUGUGUUGCCCAGGAUUCAAGCCUAUUGUUCCUUUAAAUUCCCUCUUUAUUGUUUGUCAGGAUGAUGGCACAUGGGCAAGUGAUCUUGAGGAGGGUUGUACAAUAAUGUCAUGUUCAAAGCUACAAGAACCCCCAAAUGGCAAACUAGUCUACUAUAAUGGAACUACCCAGUUUGGUUCACAAGUUCAGUAUGUUUGUACUGAGGGUUAUUACGUACUUGGAACAAAAAUUCUAAAAUGUGAAGCCAAUGAAACUGAAGUGAUAUGGAGUGGUGAUCCACCAACUUGUGAAAAGAUUUUUUGUCAGCCACCUUUACAUAUACCAAAUGGACACUUCACCAAUAGCCACAAGCGUAUAUUUGAAUAUAACGAAACAGUUUCUUAUAGUUGUAAGACUUCGACUGCAACAGAUCAUUAUACACUUGUCGGAGAGAGGACGCUUAUUUGUAUUGGGCCUAACAAAUGGAGUAGUAAGCCUCCUGUUUGUAAAGCAAAAGAUGCCUGUGGUGAAGCACCAAGAUACCAAACUAUGAAACCCAAGUUUGGUUUUGGAGUCAUUCAUACUACUGGGGGCACAGUGGAAUAUGUGUGUUGCCCAGGAUUCAAGCCUAUUGUUCCUUUAAAUUCCCUCUUUACUGUUUGUCAGGAUGAUGGCACAUGGGCACCUGCUCUCCAGGAGGGUUGUACAAUAAUGUCAUGUUCAAAGCUACAAGAACCCCCAAAUGGCAAACUAGUCUACUAUAAUGGAACUACCCAGUUUGGUUCACAAGUUCAGUAUGUUUGUACUGAUGGUUAUUACGUACUUGGAACAAAAAUUCUAAAAUGUGAAGCCAAUGAAACUGAAGUGAUAUGGAGUGGUGAUCCACCAACUUGUGAAAAGAUUUUUUGUCAGCCACCUUUACAUAUACCAAAUGGACACUUCACCAAUAGCCACAAGCGUAUAUUUGAAUAUAACGAAACAGUUUCUUAUAGUUGUAAGACUUCGACUGCAACAGAUCAUUAUACACUUGUCGGAGAGAGGACGCUUAUUUGUAUUGGGCCUAACAAAUGGAAUAUCGAGCCUCCUGUUUGUAAAGCAAAAGAUGCCUGUGGUGAAGCACCAAGAUACCAAACUAUGAAACCCAAGUUUGGUUUUGGAGUCAUUCAUACUACUGGGGGCACAGUAGAAUAUGUGUGUUGCCCAGGAUUCAAGCCUAUUGUUCCUUUAAAUUCCCUCUUUACUGUUUGUCAGGAUGAUGGCACAUGGGCACCUGCUCUCCAGGAGGGUUGUACAAUAAUGUCAUGUUCAAAGCUACAAGAACCCCCAAAUGGCAAACUAGUCUACUAUAAUGGAACUACCCAGUUUGGUUCACAAGUUCAGUAUGUUUGUACUGAUGGUUAUUACGUACUUGGAACAAAAAUUCUAAAAUGUGAAGCCAAUGAAACUGAAGUGAUAUGGAGUGGUAAUCCACCAACUUGUGAAAAGAUUUUUUGUCAGCCACCUUUACAUAUACCAAAUGGACUCUUCACCAAUAGCCACAAGCGUAUAUUUGAAUAUAACGAAACAGUUUCUUAUAGUUGUAAGACUUCGACUGCAACAGAUCAUUAUACACUUGUCGGAGAGAGGACGCUUAUUUGUAUUGGGCCUAACAAAUGGAGUAGUAAGCCUCCUGUUUGUAAAGCAACUUACACACCCAUUGACGGACCAAAAACUAGUGCUGAUGACUUAGAUGGAGGACUCAUUGCUGUGAUUGUUCUGACUGUACUUGGCGUUGCAGUGGUUGGCACCUGUGUCUAAAUGUCGUCACAUCAGGGAGAGUAAAUUAAACAUGUUUCUUGAA